AUGCAAAGCGCUAACGAUGAGGCUGGUUCUUCAUCUACCCCAGUCUGCAGCUCCGAGCGCAUUCCAAAGGCAAUUCUUGCGUUGGUGAUCCGUCUGUAUCAGCAAUAUUUAUACGGCGUCUGGCCGGUAGUCAACGCAGAAGUACUCUUGGGCAAACUAGAGGAUAUGUAUCCAGAAAGUCUUGACUACAAUGCUGGAAACACUUCCUGUCUCAUCAUGGCCGUCUGUGCCGCCACGAUGGCUCAGUUGCAGCUUGAUCCCUUGGUAGAUGGAUCCCGGACAGUGGAUAGCACGACAAUGGCUCAAACCUGUCUACGAAUGCGUUCAAUUUGUGAUAGCCAUGGAGCAAAUCUGAACCUCAGAAGCGUUCUAGUGUCCUUCCUUUUGCAUGUGUACCACGCCAAGGUCAACCAACAAACCUCGGCAAUGAUGUUCAUCCAAGAAGCUAUGGCCGGGGCUCGUAUUCUGCGAUUGAAUGAGGGGUCCUCACACGAGGAAGAUGAGUUUAUUACAAACAAGGCUUUGGUCUUUCCCUUGCUCUGGGUAUCAGAGAGAGGCUACUCCCUGCACUUGGGUCUCUCCCCUUCAUAUGUUGACCCACCUGAAUUGAUAGAUUUGGAGACAAAUACGAAUGUCGAUGUUCAUGCCCAAGGGUUGAUCGAGCUCGUAAAGCUCUUUAUUACAUUUGAUCAAAUCUCCGUAAGGCGCAACUCUCGUCCUGGGAUUACCAUGGCUGCAUAUCUGACCGACACCGAGGCGAAGCUCGCCUCGCUAUGCUUCAGCAUGGCCAAUCAUAUUUCAACCCGAACGGCAGACUAUCACAUCACACGGGAGUGGAUGAGGACCAUUCUCUGGCAGGAGGCACUCACUAUGGGCUUGCUGUCUUCUUCAGCAUGCACAUCCGUCAUGGGGUUUGGGUUUCCAGCCCAAGUUGGUCGUGCCUUAUUGCGGUCCUUACGUGGAUUCAGCGAGACGGAUUUGCUCCCACUGGGACGAGACCAGGUUAGUGGGCUUCAUAUGAAGGAAACACAGGCUAUGUCUGACAUACUUUUGCAGUUAUUGAAAUGCUUCGAAGUCGCUAACUCGUUGGCGGACACGGUGCUUUUGUCCCCACACCAAAUAGGUUCUCGGCUCGAACUAGGACCACCGGACUUUCUGCAUGCAUUGUACCAGAAGAUUGUCCCUUUUCUCGAGCAGGAUACUAUGUUAAAGUCAAUUCUUCGUGCUAAAACUGCUGAAGCCCUAGUCGCGGCUCCAGCUCGCCUGCUGACAGCCGGGGAGGAAGAUAUAGGCCUGCACUUGGGCGAAAAUGGACCCGGUGGUCAAUCUCAGAUUUCCGGGUACAUACCAGAUAGCGAGCUUCAUGAGCAGAACGAAUUGACACUGGAUUUCUUGGAUUGGCUACAACUAUCGCCUCUUCAGAUAAUCUAA